AUGAGGUUGUCAGCAAAUGCUCGUGACUUGGGGGCUUGGACCUCCUUGCUCUCACUCAUUGCCACGGACUGGCAAUACAAGUCCAGGCCUGACCUCGCGCCCCCGACGUUGAAUAUAACGAUCCCCGCCACCAAAGAGGUCGAGACAGGCUACCUGUUCCUUGCGCCCUUUGGAGGAUUCCCGGAAGGCACUCACCACGGCCCUGCACAGGCCGCACCAUACAUCUUCACCGAUACUGGAGACCUUGUGUGGUCAGGUUUCACUUAUUUCUCCAUCUGGGCGACCAACUUCCAGGCUGCCCGCUACAAGGGACAGGACAUCCUCUUCUGCUUUGAGGGCAGCCACAACGCAGCAUACGGUCAUGGCCACGGACAUACUACAUUCCUGGAUCAGAACUACGAAGCUAUCCUCGAGCUUCGAGCUGGAAAUCAUCGCUUGACUGACAAGCACGAGUUCCAGAUCAUCAAUGAGGAAACCGCCUUGAUCCAAAUAUAUCAUCCUGUCCCGUACAAUCUGACAGCCUACGGCGGAAGCGAAGAGCAACAAUGGAUCGUGGAUGCCAGAUUUCAAGAACUCGACAUUGCCACUGGGAAGGUCCUCUACGAAUGGAGCAGUCUUGACCACGUUGACCCCUCAGAGGGCUUUCUACCACUGAAUCCUGGACAAGCGGGAGCAGGAUACAACAGCUCCGAUGCUUGGGACUACUUCCACAUCAACUCUGUUGACAAGGAUGACCAAGGCAACUACUUGAUCUCGGCUCGUGACGCAAAUGCGGCCUACAAGAUCAACGGCACCACUGGGGAGAUCAUCUGGCAGCUCUCCGGCAAGUCAUCGAGCUUCAAGAUGGGCCCGGACGUUGAAUUUGCGUUCCAACAUCAUGCUCGUUUCCAAGGCCGAUCAUCGGACGGUACCAAGGAAAUCAUCAGCAUCUACGACAACUCGGCCCACGGUACCGAGAACGGCCAUGGUCACGAGGUCCAUUUCUACAAUAUCUCCCGUGGCAAGAUCAUCGAAGUUGAUACAGAAACCAUGGAGGCCACCAUUGUCCAGGCUUUUGAACCCCCCGAUGAUCUCCUGUCCAAGUCCCAAGGCUCUACCCAAGUACUUCCUACUGGCAAUGUCCUGGUCAACUGGGGUUCGGAGGGCGCGGUCACCGAGUUUAAGUCCGAUGGUACUCCCAUCUUCCAUGCAUAUAUGGAUUCGGGCUUUCUGGGCCUGGGGGUGGAGAACUACCGUGGCUUCCGGUAUAACUGGACCGGCAUACCUCACGAAGCUCCGGCCAUCGUCGCUUUGGAGGAUGGAGACAUCACCAACCUCUACGUCUCUUGGAAUGGUGACACGCAGACUGAGUCGUGGAGAUUCUAUGAGGUCAAGGGUGGCCGUCGUUCAUUCCUCGGCGAGGCUAAGCGCAAGGGCUUCGAAACCAGCCUGCAGAUCAGCCGGGUUGGUGUUAAGGCUGUGCAAGCGGAGGCGCUUGAUGCAGAGGGCCGUGUUCUUGUUGACACUUCUGCUGUCGAGCCUGAACUCAUGAUCCACGAAUUCAAAGGUGACUCCAAAACGAAAGACACCCAGGGAGGUGGCCAAAAGUUCUUCAAGACCGACCUCAAAUGAGAAUGUCCAAGGUAAUUGGAGGCAGGUCUCUUGGAUUCAGAUAUCUUCGAGACGCUGUUCGGCAGGCGUCCACCCACGGUAAUCAAAAUCAGGUAGAUACUUCGAUAAAGCUAGGAGACAAUCAAUAUGCGCAUGCAAAGUCGAGAAAA